UGUACCUUGACCCUCUAUUAUUUCUUGUCUGUAUACAAAGACUUGCAGCUGAUCCAUGAAGCCCUGUGUGCAUGUGGCAGGUGGACUUUGGUACAAUUUGCUCAGAUUCCGGCCUCCUCUGUUGGAACUGACGCAGGACUUACAGGUGACAGCUCUUGAUUAAAAUGAACCAUGGCCCCCCCUAUUGGUUCAAGCAGUCCCACGCCAGACCACCUGCAGAUAUGGGCCACUGGAGAGGAGGAAUGUGUCCGCCACCACCUCCAUAUCAUCCCAAACAUGGUGAUUACGGAUAUUACUCUCCAUAUCCAAUGCAAGGAGGCCAUCAAGCAUGGCCUGGCCAGUGGAUGGACUAUUACUCUCAGUAUCCAGCAACCACAUCUAGAUACAUAGAUCACAGGAGGCCUGCAUCCAGAGCAGAAAUAUAUGACAGGAGUGAAGCAUAUCGGCCAUUGUCCAGGCAGGGAUACGACGAAAGAUAUGGAUUUUACGAGGCCGUACAAAGAGAAAACUAUGGCAACAGAGACUAUAAUUAUGAGCCUCCAGUUGGUGUUUCUGGAGAGAAAGAUGGGAGAAGAGGAAUGUACAACAAUCAGAUCGAGCACUGGGGGCAGAAUUCCGCCAGCACUUACGCCUUUGAUCAGAACAUGGAGAGGGGCCAUCCACAAAGGGACGCACACAGGUUGCAACGCUAUGAGAAUGAUAGCGCCUGGCACCCAGCAGAGAGGAGAUGUGACUCUGCGGUGGAUAGAUUGGAGUCUUUCAGUUCAACAGAACCCAGUUUGCUGUCCCAGUACCGGGACUCUGGCAUGUCGUCCAGUAGCUAUGAGUUGAGUCAGUACAUGCAGGAUCCAGCAGACUUGAUCGACUCCUGGAAUCCAUUGCAAGAUGACACCUUGGAGCAAACUCCACAACCGACAGCUCCGAUGAAGUUCUCGUUGCCCCAUGUUUCUGUGUGUUUUGGGGCCCAGGGGCAAUUGAUAAGGGUCUGUCCCAACUUCCCAAAUGAAGGUCAACCAGCACUUGUGGAGAUUCACAGCAUGGAGAUUCUGCUUCAUGAUACUUCGGAACAGGAGGAGAUGAGAGGGUUUCCAGGUCCUGUGCAGAG